AUGGUGAAUGAAUACAAGAGAAUUGUUCUGCUGAAAGGAUUAGCGAACAUCAGUAGUGAUCAAUUUGACUGCUUUAAGUCAUUAAUGUCCAGUGAUUUAAGACUGGAGAGAAACAUGCAAGAGAAAUAUACCAAGGUUCAGAUUGCUGACAUGAUGGAAGAUGAAUUUCCAACUGAUGCUGGAUUGAGCAAACUGAUUGACUUUUGUGAAAAUAUACAAACUCUUAAAGGACUUGCUAAAACCCUUAAAGAAGAGAAAUCAAAAGUAAAAGGAAAAACACCACUGAGAAAUAAGAAUCAAGAAGCAGGUUCUGCUAUAAAAACACCAACUGCAAGCAAUACUUCAGCAUCGGAUGGAGGGAAAACUUCCGCAGCUCAGAAAAGAAAAAGUAUGAAUAAUGAAAAGACUGCUGUGAAAAAGGUCAAGGGGUCUGAGAGGCCAAAUCACCCUCCAUGUUCUACAGAAAACACAGCCAGAUGCCAGUACUCAGUAUUCCAGACCUCAUCUUUGGCUUCAUGCAACACUUCUUUGGAUAAGAACCAAAAGACACAGACCCAAAACCAGAACACAGCCAGAGGUGCUGUUUGCAAAAAUAAUGCCAUGGUAGUGAUGGUGCUCAAGGCAACAGAGCCAUUUGUAUAUAAGUCAACAGAACCUGGAAGAAAGAUGAUGUUUCAUGCUACAGUGGCCACUGAAAGCGAGUAUUUCCAUGUGAAAGUUUUCAACAUCAACCUGAAAAAGAAGUUCACAAGAGAGAAUGUCAUCAUUAUCUCUAAUUACCUUGAAUUCAAAGGAAUCCUAGAGAUAAAUGAAAAUUCCUCUGUGCUUGAAGCUGGUCCUGUCCAAAGUAUUAAAGUCCCUAUAAGCCUUAUCAGAAAAUCAAAAGAAACUCCCAAGAUUUUUGAUAUUCGCAAGUAUGCCACUGGAACACCGGUUUAUGGGUUAUUUACAUUACACAAGAUAAAGGUGAACCCAAAGAACACAGUCUAUGAAAUGAAGGACGGCACAGGAAAUAUAGAAGUUCUAGGGCGUGAGCAAUGCUACAACAUCAGAUGUAAGGAAGGAGAUAAACUGCGACUCUUCUGCUUUCAAGUGAAAACAAUUGACAAGCAACCGAAGCUGGUGUCUGGCGAUCACAGUUUCAUUAAGCUUAAAAAGAAAUCCUAGUCACAAAAUAACAGAGUUCGACAAGCCCUAUUUCCUGCCUUGUUGAGGAUCUACAAUCUGGACAUUACUGAGAAACUUCCGGGAGGCUUCUCCAUCAUUUUAGAGAUAAUGAAUGACUAUAAGAAAAUUGUUCUUCUAAAAGGAUUACAGGGUAUGGAUGAUUACCAAUUUAGGAUAAUUAAGUCCUUACUAAAAAGAGACCUACACCUGUCUGAAAAAAUGCAAAAUGAUUAUGACAGAAUUAAGAUUGCUGACAAGAUGGAAGAGACAUUCCCAAAAGAUGCUGGACUCAACAAACUGAUAGAAAUUUGUCAAGAAAUUAAAGAUCUUAAAAAUCUUGUUGAAAAUCUUAAAGAAGAGAAGGCAAGAGUAAAAGGAAAAAAACCCAUGGGCAAAAAGAGGCAAAAAGCAGAUUUUGCUGUACCUACAUCGACUACAAGCAACACCUUAGCAUCUGAUGGAGGGGAGACAUCCACAGCUCAGAAAAGAAAAAGUAUGAAUGAAGAGAAGCUUGAAGUGAAAAAGACCAAAAAGUCUAAGGGGUCAGAUUUCCCUGACUUUCCUGGAGAAGCCACAGUCAGAUGCCAGACUCCAGGACCUCAGAUCUCAUCUUCGACUUCAUUAAACCCUUCUUUGGCUAAGAACCAAAAGACACAGACCCCAAGAAAGAGCGCUACCAGAGGAGCUGUUGGCCAAAAUGAUGCCAUGACCGUGAUGGUGCUCAAUGCAGCGGAGCCAUUUGAAUAUGAGUCAAGAGAACCUGGAGGAAAAAUGAUGUUUCAUGCUACAGUGGCCAGUGUGAACGAGUAUUUCCAUGUGAAAAUUUUCAACAUCAACCUGAAAGAGAAAUUCACAAAAGGGAAUGUCAUCAUAAUCUCCAAUUACGUCAAGUUCAGAGGAAUCAUAGAGAUAAAGGAAGACUCCUAUGUGAUUAAAGCUGAACCCAACGAAAAGAUUGAAGUUCCCAAGAAGCUAAUCAGUAAAGCAAAUGAAACUCCCAUGAUUUCUGAUAUUCACAAGAGUGUAGGUGGAACACUGUUUUAUGGGUUAUUUACAUUACACAAGAAAAAGGUGAACCCAACGAACACAAUCUAUGAAAUAAAGGAUGAUACAGGAAGUAUAGAAGUUGUAGGGAAGGGGAAAUGCUAUAACGUCAGCUGUGAGGAAGGAGACAAACUGCGACUCUUCUGCUUUCAACUGAAAACAAUUGACAAGAAACUGAAACUGGUGUCUGGUGAUCACAGUUUCAUUAAGGUCACCAAGGCUGGAAAAAAGAAAAUAUCUGCUCUCUUUCCUAACCCAAAAGAUGGAGAAACAAGUGGCUACCCUCAAAAUUAAUUCAGUGCUUUUAACCGUGGAGCUUUUAAAAUAAAAACACCAAGCAACUAGAAAUAAGCAACAGCUUCAGUCGUACAUCCAAGCAUUUAAACAUUUUGUUACUUGAUUUGUGAUUAUGUAUUUUCAUUUGUAAAACUCCUUACUCUGUUUUUUUUAUGAAAAUAACACUUGAAUUUAAUUUUUCUAGUGUAGAAGUAAUAAAAAUUUCUUUUGAAAAGGA